CUGAUACGCACAAGCGACAAGUCAGGCCAGUACUUAAAGAAUCUGGCGCCCCAGCACUACGAGUAUCAGAUAGAUAUGUUCGUGUGUUCUACUUUCUUGCUUCUCAGAUCAGGCCGCUGUGAAGAAGCAUCGGGAUCGGUACAUGGAACAGGCAGUUCGUGUUACAUUUUUCGGUACACAAUCGCAUGGAGAGGAGCAAGUGCGUUGUUAUCAGAAGAAGUGAUUGAAUGAGAACAACAGACUCAAUGUACUUAACGCCACACCUCACAAGAGCCACACCCUUACCUAAAACUAGAGUAAGUGAAGACAUUGAAUCUGCAUUUUUCCAUGCUCCUGCAGACCCGUGGACCCCGAAUUUCAAGAAACACUAGAAAAGUGCAAAGUAGAAAGUAGCGUCGGGCAGUGUGGUAUUUCUGCGUACCUUAUCUUCAAACACUCAGGAUUUUUCGUUGUCUAGUUUUGAAGGUUUUGUGCCUUCAAGCUGCUAGCCAUGGGCAAAAUGAGUAUGAAAGCAGCCGCCUCGUCCAGUAAGAGCGCGGCAAACAAGCCCGUCGUCAAGAAGGAUGCCAAGCCCGCGCCGCCGUCAAAAAAGCAAGACACGUUGGCGGGGAACAAGAUGACAAAAUUACUGGAUCGCGAUCUGAUCAAGUAUUUCGAGAAACUUGCCGAGCACUACGGAAUUUCGCAAGUCGCGCGGGGCGACGCGAAGGCAAAGACGACGGACAAGGGCUUUCUGGAGGUGUACACGAAAAACGGGGAUGCGGGAAAGUUGGAAACCAUCCCGGUAAAGACGUCGAAGCCCAACGGCGCGAACUGGAAGCAAACGCGGGACAACCGGGUGUCAGCCAAGCUCGGCCAGAUGGUGAAAAUGAAGAUCCCCUGGUUCCACGAGUCCGGGAAGUUGGAGGGCCUACCGACGAAAAUGCACACGAUCUUGAUCUAUCAAAUGUAAAAAUGUCUGGGUCUGGAAGAGUGGAAGAUUUGUCAUGCAGGUUUUCCAUGGCUCAUGAGGUCUGUAAUGCAUGAUCUAGAAUUACAGAUUUUGAGAGGGCUUCCUGAUGCCUGUUCCGCAUGAGGAAUACCCUCUCGUCGUGGCAAAAACUGGACUCCUCUUGCCGGUCAUGCAUUACAGAUUUUUUUCGAAUCCGAAGACAGCAUGACAAGUUGCAAUCUUCCAGACCCAGACACUUUUGCAUUUGAUAUGAUCAUGUGGGCCUACUCGCCCUACGUAUCGCAGCUCGAGGGCAUUCGGGGGAAGAAAUUGCUGCAGAAGUUGUAAGUUUCUCCUGGCGAUCGCGAUUACAUGUGGUCCCGCCAAGAUGAAUCGGUGAACCAGAUAGAGUAGCAAGGCUGCUGCUUCGACGCAGAGCAGAAUUAUUCCAGAGAGGUCAUGAUGUGUCACGAUAGAAUCACUACCGUCCUUCUCCUUUCAGAAAAAACAAGGUUUGAGGCGCGUACUAGCUGCCUCUUGUGUGCAGUGGACGAAAAAAUGAGGUCUGUGAUUCAAAAAUCCGCUUAUAAUUCCGCACUUGGACAUACAACUCUACUCAUUGCCGUACUCUUCUGGGUUUUCGCACCGCAAGUGCAAACGCCGAAAUGUUUCUGUAACCUAGUACAGCUUUGCCUUUGUGUUAGUAGUUUGUGUACUACAACUACAGAGUGAUUUAUUUCUCAGAUCAAUGAGGCACUCUAGCUUUGC